AUGGUGACUUGCCACGCGAUUGUGGCGGCCAUCGCCGCGUUGUCCGUCGCGCAGGCAUGCACGAUCGUGGCCGUGACGAAGGAAGCGUCCGCCGACAAGACACCGCUGACUGCGCACACGGACGACGCAGGUUUCGGCGCGGCCGACUUGCGACUGGUGUUUGUGCCCGCGGCUGACUACGACCACGGGUCUGAGCGCGCCGUGUACGACUUCAAUCCUGGCUACCCCCGUGUAACAACCAUGCAACGGGGCCCCGACUACAUGCCAAAAGUCGGCGAAAACUUGACGGAACCUCUGGGGUACAUUCCGCAAGUCCAGCAUACGUAUGCGUACUUUGACCAGGAUUACGGCAUCAUGAACGAAGUGCAACUGAGCAUCGCGGAAAGCACGUGCGCCGCCAAGACCGUGGGGUGGCCCACCGACGUACCGUAUGGCUACAACAUGUUUGGCAUUGCCGAGCUCACCAAACUCGCGUUGGAGCGGUGCGACAGUGCCCGAUGUGCCAUCCACACAAUGGGGGACGCAGCUGUCAAGUAUGGGUUUUACAGCGAAGACAGCGGGUCACCUUUAACUCCAGGGUAUGGCGACUCGGCCGAAGCGCUUGCCAUUUCCGACAAGUACGGCGAAACAUGGAUAUUCCACGUGUUAACAGGGCCAAAGAACGCCAGCGCCGUGUGGGCGGCGCAGCGCGUGCCGCAGGGACACGUGGCGGCGGUGGCCAACGGGUUUAUCAUCCGCGAGCUCAACUUGACCAACUCGGACAACUACUUGGCGUCGCCCAACGUCCACUCAUUUGCGCAGUCGAUGGGGUGGUGGGACCCGUCGGCAGGCCCGUUUGAUUUUACCGCUGCGUACAACUACCACACCCCAGGGCCCAUUGGUCCGCUGUACGUGGGCCGCCGGGUGUGGCGUAUACUGGACUGGUUUGCGCCAUCGCUGAGGUUGAAUGCGACGUUGGGCCAAUCCACGCUGCCCACGUACCCGUUUUCGGUGCCCGUGGACGCCCCUGUGACACUGCACAGCGUGUUUGAGCUGCUUAAAGACCACUAUGAAGGCACGGCGUUCGACAUGACCCAGGGACUGGCGGCAGGGCCAUUUGGAAACCCUACUCGCUUUGACGGACCGUCGGGUGGCGUGACGGGGGGGUGGGAGAGGUCCAUCUCCAUGUACCGCACCAUGUUUAGCUAUGUGUUGCAAUCCAACGGAAACGUAUCCGAUCAUGUUGGGGGCACCGUUUGGUUUGGCCAGGGAACGCCCCACGGCACUGUGUACGUCCCAUUCUCAUGCCGACAGACGGCCAUUCCCACGUCGUACUUGGUCGGAAAGCAGAGCGAGUUUCAUCCCCAGUCGUCGUGGUGGGUGUUUGAUUUCGUCAACAACUGGAGCCUCCUGCGGUUCAACCAGAUCAACGCCGACGUGCGCGCCGAAGCGGCGGUGUGGCAGGCCCGCGCCAUGGACCAGCAGCUGCAGUGGCGACGGCAACCAGCAGUCAAUGCAUCUCAGCUCCAAGCUGCCAACAACCUGUUUGCAGACCAAGUGUUUGAUGCGUGGUGGGCACUGGCGUGGCGCCUCGUGAGCAAAUUCACCGACGGCUUCGUCACCACCGGCGAAGGCGCGGGGCAGAUGCAGAUCCCGGGGUACCCCGCGGCGUGGCUGCGUCAGACCGAGUUCAACAACUGGCCGGGCAAGACGUUCCGUCCGCCGGUGGCCGAAAUGCCGACGGUGUUGGCGACAUCCUUUGCGGAUCCGCUGGACGGAGGAAAUGGAGGUGUGUGGCACUCGUUGGCGCUAGUUGUGGCGGGGGUGGCGGUCGGGGUGUGGGGCCAGCGGGUGCGCGAACGCUACGCCCGACGCCGCAGCUACGAUCGGCUGCUCUAAGACCAGUCGGCUAUGGCGGAAAAAGGUGUGGGAAAUGGUAUCUAUGGAUGGUCCUCUUCAAAGCAGCAAGCAAAAAGGAUAAGCCCAUCGCUCCAAGACAAUAAUUCCAUCG